AUUAGUGAUGAUGAACCAGGCUAUGACCUAGAUUUAUUUUGUAUUCCUAAUCACUAUGUCGAGGAUUUGGAAAAGGUGUUUAUUCCUCAUGGAGUGAUUAUGGACAGGACUGAAAGACUUGCCCGAGAUGUCAUGAAAGAGAUGGGAGGCCAUCACAUUGUGGCCCUCUGUGUGCUGAAGGGGGGCUAUAAAUUCUUUGCUGACCUGCUGGAUUACAUUAAAGCACUGAAUAGAAAUAGUGAUAGAUCCAUUCCCAUGACUGUAGAUUUUAUCAGACUGAAGAGCUACUGUAAUGAUCAGUCAACAGGGGACAUAAAAGUUAUUGGUGGGGAUGAUCUCUCAACUUUAACUGGAAAGAAUGUCUUGAUUGUUGAGGACAUAAUUGACACUGGUAAAACAAUGCAAACUCUGCUUUCCCUGGUCAAGCGGUACAACCCCAAAAUGGUUAAGGUUGCAAGCUUGCUGGUGAAAAGGACCUCUCGAAGUGUUGGAUAUAGGCCAGACUUUGUUGGAUUUGAAAUUCCAGACAAGUUUGUUGUUGGAUAUGCCCUUGACUAUAAUGAGUACUUCAGGGAUUUGAAUCAUAUUUGUGUCAUUAGUGAAACUGGGAAAGCCAAAUACAAAGCCUAAGAUGAGAGUUCAAGUUGAAUCUGCAAACACGAGGAGUCCCAUUCAUGUUCCCAGUAAAAUUACCAAGCAUUCUAGUUCUGCAGCCAUCUGCUUAGUACAGCUUUUUGCAUGAACCUUCUAAGAAUUUUAUGGUUUUUUAUUUUUAGAAAUGUCAGUUGCUGCAUUCUUAAACUUUUUAUUUGCACUAUGAGCCUUCGAUAGAUUGUCGCUUACCUUGUGAGCAAAGUAAAUCUCUUAAAUUACCACUAUUAAAAAUGCUGAGAUUGUAUCUGUAAGAAACAUUUAAAGAGGAGAUAUAUUAGUUUUUUAAUUGGUAUUUUAAUUUUUAUAUAUUCGGGAAAGAAAGCUGUGAUUGAAUAUUGUUAAUUAUACCACCAUGUGUUUAGAACAGUGUGAAGCACUCAGUUUCAUGUCAGUAACCAUCUAAGAAGUUUUGCUCAGUGGAAUAAACAUAUGUUUUAUCAGUGUUGCCUAUAUUUUCCCACUUGGAUUCUUUCAGUGAGUCAUUGUCAACAGUUCCUUUAAAUGCAAAUAAAUUCUAAAAAUUUA